CCUCUUUUUUGCUGUCGCGUGGGCUGCUCCCUCAGCGGAGCGGAGAUUACAGAGUGGUCGGGAUGCCCCAACUCUCCGGGGCAGGCGGCGGCGGUGGGGGGGACCCGGAACUCUGCGCCACGGACGAGAUGAUCCCCUUCAAGGACGAGGGCGAUCCCCAGAAGGAGAAGAUUUUCGCCGAGAUCAGUCACCCUGAAGAAGAAGGUGACUUAGCCGACAUCAAGUCUUCCUUGGUUAACGAAUCCGAAAUCAUCCCGGCCAGCAACGGACACGAGGUGGCCAGACAAGCACAAACCUCUCAGGAGUCCUACCACGACAAGGCCAGAGAACACCCUGAUGACGGAAAGCAUCCAGGUGGAGGCCUCUACAACAAGGGACCCUCUUACUCGAGUUAUUCCGGGUAUAUAAUGAUGCCAAAUAUGAAUAAUGACCCAUACAUGUCAAACGGAUCUCUUUCUCCACCCAUCCCGAGAACGUCAAACAAAGUGCCCGUGGUGCAGCCGUCCCACGCAGUCCACCCUCUCACCCCCCUCAUCACUUACAGCGACGAGCACUUUUCUCCAGGAUCACACCCGUCACACAUCCCAUCAGAUGUCAGCUCCAAACAAGGCAUGUCCAGACAUCCUCCAGCUCCCGAGAUCCCUACUUUUUAUCCCCUGUCUCCGGGUGGUGUUGGACAGAUUACCCCACCUCUUGGCUGGCAAGGUCAGCCUGUAUAUCCCAUCACGGGAGGCUUCAGGCAACCCUACCCAUCCUCACUGUCAGUCGACACUUCCAUGUCCAGGUUUUCUCAUCAUAUGAUUCCUGGUCCUCCUGGCCCCCACACAACUGGCAUCCCUCAUCCAGCUAUCGUAACACCUCAGGUCAAACAGGAACACCCCCACACUGACAGUGACCUAAUGCACGUGAAGCCUCAGCACGAACAGAGGAAGGAGCAGGAGCCAAAAAGACCUCACAUCAAGAAGCCGCUGAAUGCUUUUAUGUUAUACAUGAAAGAAAUGAGAGCGAACGUCGUCGCUGAGUGUACUCUGAAGGAAAGUGCAGCCAUCAACCAGAUCCUAGGCAGAAGGUGGCAUGCUCUCUCUCGUGAAGAGCAGGCUAAAUAUUAUGAAUUAGCGCGGAAGGAGAGACAGCUACAUAUGCAGCUCUAUCCAGGCUGGUCUGCAAGAGACAAUUACGGUAAGAAAAAGAAGAGGAAGAGAGAGAAACUACAGGAAUCUACAUCAGGUACAGGUCCAAGAAUGACAGCUGCCUACAUCUGAAACAUGGUGGAAAACGAAGCUCAUUCCCAACGUGCAAAGCCAAGGCAGCGACCCCGGGACCUCUCCUGGAGAUGGAAGCUUGUUGAACACCCAGACUGUCUCCACAGCUCGCCCAGUCGACCCCAAAGGAGAAACGACACCAACUUCACCCUGAGGUCACUGCCAACCCCCUUCAUCUGCUGCGAGAGCCAAGUUCCACAGUAAAGCAUACAAGGUUUAUGAAAGGAAAAAUUAAAAAGCACAUGAGAAUGCUAGCAGGCCCUGGGUCAGCUGAGCAGCUUUCCUCCCCCCGUCUCCGCCGUGCACUUCCCAGAGCAUCCUGCAUCCGUACCUGCAACCUUCUGGCAAGGACAGUGGCUCGGCUGCCUCUGCCUGCCCUGGGCAGCGGGAGCGGCCGCAGCACAGCCGUCAGCAUCCCGGGGGACCUUGUGGAAGAGUCCCCUCCCUGUUUCUGGCUUCAUGUUUGUAUCUCUUCUCCUCAAGCUUUUAUUUAACAGUGCAAAAAGAUCAAUCUUGUUUGCUUUUUUUUUUAAACUUGAAUUUUUUUAAUUUACACUUUUAGUUUUAAUUUUCUUGUAUAUUUUGCUAGCUAUGAGCUUUUUAAGUAAAAUUGAAAGAUCUGGAGAAGUUUGAAAUAAAAACAAAAUGAAAAGCCGCCCUCUUUUGAGCGAUAUCUUGUCCGCUAAGUGGCUUCUCCGUGAACUACCUGUAACAGUAGUGGCCUCUGUCUUUGUAAGGUGUCCAGUAGAGCUAAAUAAACGUAACAGCCAGUCCACUCUGUGGGUAGCAGUUGGCAGUCCUCUUUCAUUUUAUUUUUCUUAUGAUCUUUUUUUUAAAUGGUAAACCUUAACAGAUACUUUCAGCAGACCAGUUUGCAGUGAAUUUUCAUUUCUUUCCUUCUCACCCCCUUGUUGUAAAAAGCCCAGCACUUGAAUUGUUAUUACUUUAAAUGUUCUGUAUUUGUAUCUGUUUUUAUUAGCCAAUUAGUGGAAUUUUAAGCCAGUUGUUAAAAUGAGCAUUGAUGUACCCUUUUUUUUUUUUAAACAGCAAGGCAUAGCCUUUGCCCAAAACUGUCAUCUAACGUUUGUCAUUCCAGUUUGAGUUAACGUG